AUGGCAUCUGCUAAACGUGAAGCACUUUCCGCAUGUUCCUCGGUGGAAUCCAUGGGCAGUGCAAUGGCGUCCAUGCCUCACUACCUGUCCAGAGGUACCAACGAGCUUGUGGCUUCGUCGGUCGAUGAAUCUAUCUCUGCUCUGAAGUCGGUGUUGCUGAUGACUAUCACGGGUGUUGGAGAAAUCCUCUGGUUCGUCCUUAAUAUGAUGUACUCGACCUAUGCCUGCCUUAUCACAAUGGCUGUCCGUGGCACAGUAGGAGCUGGCAUUGAAUUGGUCAAAGACGCUACCGAGUGGAUCAACAAAACACUUGGUACAAUCAGCAGCGACAUUGAAAGUACUGUCGACAAGUACAAAGACGAGCUGGACUCAUUCCUCGAUGCAAUUAACAAGGUUGCCAGUUUAUUCACCGAUGAGCCCAGUCCGAUUAAUCUGAAUAGUACAAUCAGUGAACUGGAAAAUCUGGCCCUUCCGUCAUCAGUCAACAGCACAAUCGAAAAGCUGGACAGCCUGGUCCUCCCCAAUUUCAAAGAGAUCCAAAACUACACCAAGACAAUCUUCCAGACGCCGUUUCAGGAGGUCAAGGAUCUGGUCAACAAGUCAUUGGGAGCUUACAGCUUUGAUCGGUCUUCUCUGCCCGUCCCUGCCAAGAAACAAUUGGCCUUCUGCGACGAUAACAGUGGAAUCAACGACUUCUUCAGUGGAGUUACCGAUCUGGCUUUGACAGCCCGCAAAAUCUUCAUUGCCGUUCUUGUCAUUGCUGCUAUCCUAGUAUGCAUUCCUAUCGCAUGGCAAGAAAUUCGCCGAUGGCGCUCAAUGAAAGAUCGCUCCCAAUUGGUCCGCAAAGAGGCUCAUGAUCCAAUGGACGUUGUCUAUAUUGUUUCGCGUCCUUACACCGCCGCUACAGGUAUCAAGGCAGCAAGCUUCUUCAGCAACAGCCGCCGACAGAUCCUUGUGCGAUGGGCCAUUGCCUAUGCAACAUCUUUUCCUGCUUUGUUCGUGCUAGCUCUUGCUCUUGCAGCACUGUUCUCCUGCCUCUGCCAGUACAUACUGCUCCAAGCAGUCAAAAAGACCGUCCCCGCCCUGACCGCUGAGGUGGGAGAGUUCGCUGAUAAGAUUGUGGACGCACUGGAAAACGCGUCAACAGAAUGGGCCACCGACGCUAAUAAGGCCAUAAUUAAUCUGGACAACGACUUGAGCAAGAAUGUUUUCGGGUGGGUCAACACUAGCACCCACGCCAUCAACGAAACAUUGAACUUCUUCAUCUACAAUACAUCCAGCGCACUGAACGAGACAUUCAAAGGAACUAUUCUCCAAGAGCCGGUCUACGAGUUGUACGAAUGUUUAAUUGGCUUGAAAGCAGAGUCUCUUCAAAAGGGACUGAACUGGAUAUCCGAGAACGCACACAUAUCUCUCCCUACCCUCCCGAAUGACACUUUCUCUGCUGGCGCCGCAGACAGCCUCAACGAUACCGCCAAUCCAUCGGACAGUUUUCUCGCCAAUGCAGGUGACCAGACGUCUAACAAAAUCACCGAAGUCGUUAUCAGCGUCAUCAACAAGUUACAAGAAGGCGUGCGCAUGGAAGCAAUCAUCGCCACAGCCAUUCUCCUGGUCUGGGUAUUCAUCGUCUUGGUCGGUAUCGCUCGCGCUACGAUGCUUUUCUGGGGCCAUGAGAAGCAUCGUGGCGAAGGAGGCUUGGGCCAUGUUAUGGACCCUGUUCCUCGAAAUGGUCCACCUGGUGAUCGAAAUGGUGUCGCUGAUAUUCCGCUCACUGCAUACCCCAAGGAUGUAUAUGAAAGAGGACUUGUCGCUCCUCAGUAUAGGGAAGCGAGCUCCGCGCCUAUUCAUGACGACUCAUCUUCCGAGAAUGAGAAGAUUGAGUUUGCCAGGCAGAGGAAUUGUGAUGAUAAUGUAAAGGUAGAACCCGCUCCUGGCGUGCAGAGUGGCUACAUUGACUACGAUGCGAAACGAUGA